AUGCCCCUUAGCCCUUGGGUUGCUAGGCAGUUGAGCAAACGGUUCAAUGAUGCACAUUGCUUUGUAGUUGAACCUAUUAAUCGAAUGGAGUUCAAAGUUAAAGACGGGAAGAUGGAUAGACUUGUAAACCUAUCCAAGAAGACGUGUUCAUGUUGUGAGUUCCAAAUAGAUUUAUUGCCAUACAGCCAUGCCUUUGCAACAAUAAGUAAAUGCAAACGUGAAGCUGUUGAAUUCUACGUUGAUUACUACAAAACAACCGUUUUGAUGGAAGGUUAUGCGGGGUCCAUUCGCUCGAUAGGGCAUCCUAGUGAGUGGGACACCCCCCCUCAUGUGAAACAAUUUGUCGUGUUGCCAUCACCUUGGCGAGGCCAAGCGAGAAAUCCUAGGAGGAGAAGGAUUCCAUCGGCUGGUAAAGGCAGUUGA